GUUCGUUUGAAGAGUAUAUAAGAAAUGAGAAACAUCCAUUUUAUAAUCGUGUCUGAAAUCAGGAAACACGCAGUUUGACAUACAACACCUUAUCAUACAAUUUCCGAAGAUAAUACUCUUGAUUCGAAAUGUUUUAUCAGAGAAUAGUCGGAGGGCAUCGUGGUGGCAUUUGCCAUCUCAUGUCACUUAUCUUGCUUCUAACAUGUUUAACAUCAUCAUCGUCAGCCGCCUUCUCCGCAAUAUCUUCUCUAAGUCUUGAAGACUUCCCCGGAGUCUGGCGAGGAAUUCCAGAGGUAACCAUUGAAUUGAGCGAUCUUGACCGCAAAUUUUGUCAAAUAUGUGUCGAUGACACGUACUGGAAUUCCGACAUUGCCGACGACAUCUGCAAGUACCAUGGAUUCGAAGGCUCAAUGGUGAUUAAGGAGGACACAACACCGUCCGAACCCGACUUCCUCUUAGAUGGAUAUGCAGUCUGUAAUAGAAUUGAAAACUCUAAUUUCCCGCUGGAAUGCGAAUUUAGAGAGUCGUGUGACAGAGUUCCCACCAUAUCGUGCAUAAUUCCUGGAUACAUCGGCUGCUACACCGAAACAGCUUCCAAUCCAUUCUUUUCCGAUGGCGUAGAACCAAAUAUCACAGCCCAAUCACCUGAUAUCCGCAUCUGUACACUAGCCUGUGCUACGAGUCCAUAUCUAGGACUUACGAAGGGCCAGGACUGUAUCUGUGGAUCAACACUAGGGGAUCGUAGUCUUGUAGGAGAUUGUGAUCUGGGAUGUCAAGGAGAUGAUCUACAGAUUUGCGGGGGAUCAGCUGGUAUUUCAGUAUAUAAUGCCAAUUUGCUUGGUCGCUGUAAAUCUGAACCACGUGAUCUGAUUCCCGAUGAACCACUCUUCAUAACAUCUCCGGGUUUUCCCGAUAUUGCGGCCGGGUCAUGUACGUGGUCAGUAUCGAUCAAUGUUCAAGCUUUACACAACCUCCAUGUCCUGAUGAUAGCCGUAUUAAAUUCUAAUGAGCGACUGACCAUGAAAUCUCAAGAUUUCAACGAGGUUUACGGAGGAGGCAAUAUAAGGGCGAAUAUUUUCAGAGCACCUUACAAUUACCAGCAAGACACAAUCACGGUCACAUAUAACCAUUAUUUAGUUAUCCCGCAAUCCACUAACUUCAUCAUCCGAUUCAGCCUUGAAGCAAACCCAACGUAUACCAGCGCUCCUGGCAAGCUGACCACCACUAGGAGUGCACCGGCUAGCGGACCUGGUACCAGAACUACAGGUGAACCAACUACCAUAAAGAGUGGAGAGACCAGAGGACCUUAUGAACGUACUGAACCAACAGUCGACUUAACAACUUCAAGGGCCGGUCAUACUCCUAAGAGCGUGUUAGGUAUCUUGAUCGGGAUGGUAGUUGCUUCUCUUGUCUCUGUUUAAAUCAACAUUUAUUCACCAGCAACCAAGCAAACGACGAGGAACACACGAACAAAGAUUCUUCGACUAUAGGCCUAUACUUCACUUCGGAUAUAAUUGACAUAAUCAUCGAAUGUUGACAUAAUCUUUACAAUGAGCCAUAUUUUAAUGUAAAUAUCGACAGUCCGACACGAAGGAAGGGAACUCAAUUGAAGGUCCUAUGGAAAUGCAAUAGUCUUGUGCCGGAGUACUUACAUAUUUACUUACUUUUCUUCUGAUUGUGAAUCUGUUAAGCUUCCAUUAUGGUCUUUUGAAAAGUAUGUGCUGUACUAAUAUCUUAAAAAAAGGAAUUAAUUUAAGAAUGCAUUGCAUCCCAUCAGCGUGGACUAUCCAUUAUCAUGGUUUGUAAUAUUAGUUAUGUUUAUGAUUAUGUGCUUAGUUGGAUAAAAUAACCGCUAUAUCACUGGGAUUUGAAGAGGAAGGCUAUACAUAAUAAUACAUCAAAAAUUUCUCCUUAAAUUAGUAGACAGAAAAGUUCCUCGAUAACAUAGAGGCCUAAUCUUACACGUUUAAAAUCACAGAAAAUUGGAAUAUGGGGUAAGAAACCUGAAAAAUAUCCUGUAAUAAACUUGUUUUUCCUUUCAUAAAAAAGGGCCCCCCCCCCCAUUGGCGGAGCCAAUAAAAAAAAUAGGGGGAAAAAUUCAAUUCAAUUCAAUUCAAUUUAUUUCACAUUUGCAUAAAAAAAGACAAUAAAUACAUACAAUUACAAUGAUAAAAGGCAUAUAAUACAUGAGAUCACACAAAAUACAGAGAAUACAAAUGUGUGGAAUUUAACAAAGGCCUAGCAAAGGCAAAUCCCAAACGGUUGUAAGCAGAAAAAAAGGUGUUUAAAAAAAAAAACAGAACUAACCAAACACAAAAGCAAACAACAAAACGGCUUAAGGAACAAUUCAUGAGUUUAUAAGAUUUUUUUUAUACUUUCGUUUAAAAGAGUUGAGUGAAGGGCAUGAUUUAAGAUCAUUGGGUAAACUAUUCCAGAGAGUGGGUCCAACAUAUUCAAUUGUAGUUCGUGAGAAAUUAUAUUUGAAAUUAGGCAAAUAAAAGUUGUCAGACUGUCUGGUAAUGUAAUUACUAAUAUAUUUGUUUUUCACAAAUAAAUCAUCAUAAAAAGAGGGAAGAGAAUUGUGAAGAAAUAAGUACAUGAAAUUUGCAAUUUGAUAGCUGUUUAUAUGACUGAUAGUGAGUAAAUUAAGUUUUUUGAACAAAGGUUGUGUACUGAUUCUUGGGGAGGAAUUCGUAAUAACUCUUAUUGCCCGUUUCUGUAAAAUAAUUAUUCGGCUUAGAUGGACCAUUGCACAAUUACCCCAGAGUAUAUUGCAAUAGUUGAAGUAGGGCAAGACAAUUGAUUGAUAUAUCAUUUGAAGUAUAUUCAAUGGAAUUGAAUGUUUUAAUCUGUUUAUUGCACCAAUGGAUUUAGAUACUUUACAAGAUAUAUAAUUUAUGUGAUCUUUCCAAGUCAGUUUGUUGUAUAUGACUACACCCAAAAAUUUUGUAGAAUUAACUGCAGGAAUUUUACUAUUUUGAAUAAAAAUGUCAAAGUUAUCAGA